AUGGCAAACAUUUUUGGUUCAGCAACUGUUGAUCGUAUUUAUGUAGAUAAAGCGUUAGUUCAGCAAGGAAUGGAUUCAUUAAUGGUAGUUGCGCUUUAUAAUUGGAUAGAAAAAGAAUUAAAUGUUAAUAUACCAUUAAGUGAAGUAUUUCAAGGUGCGACAAUAACCAAACUUGGACAUUAUAUUCAUGGAAAAUUAAAUGAACGUUUGUUGAACUCGCCAUCAUCGAAGACAAAAAGUUCAACUGACAUAGACGAAACAACAGAGCGGAUGGAAGACACUAAUCGAUUACCGUCAGCGACAACAGAUAAAAAUCAACAGUACACAAGCAUUUCAUUAAUAGCUUCAUUAUAUCAAUUCUCAAUGGAAAACAGACAUAAACCCAACCCCAUCUUCUUUUGCUUAAAUGAUAUAUCGACACCAAUAUCAAUAUUUGAACAAUUUAUAACUAAAAUGAAAGAUUAUUCGACAGCGAUAUAUGCUUUUCAUUCAAUAGAAGAGACAAAUGAUAUUAUGCUGCAUAACAAAUUAACAACAAUCGACAAAAUAGCCGAAUAA